AUGCAUGCAAUAACUUUUAGAAGAAUUCAUGUUAUUUUCAACUGGUUUCAGAGAGCAGUCUUACUUUGGAUGCAUGAUCCAGCAGGACGGGAUGCAACAAUAGUGCGGCAGGCUUUAAGUGGCAGCAUAAUCGAUCUAAAAGUUGCGACUGAAGUGAUAUGUUCUCGGACUUCAUCCCAGAUUCAACAUUUUAAACAAGUUUACCAUGCAAUGUUUGGUGUUUACCUUGAGCAGGAUAUUGAAUUUCAAGCAUCUGCUGAUCAUAAAAAGCAUGAUAAGUCUCGUAUUGCUAAAUGUUUCCUUGGUGGAGCACCCCUGUCUGUGAUUGAGACAAUGCCAGGAGAAAGGAAUGAUGAGAAACUGUCAUAG